AUGGACGACGACGACUCCCACGGGCUCAUGGGAACCUCCGGGCAGGGCUACUCGUGGGAAGAGGAGUACAAGCGGAGUUGGGAUAUCCUGCAGGAGGACGAGCAGGGCUCUUUAGUGGGAGCUGUUAAUUCUAUACAGCAGCAGUUGAAGCGACGGAGAUUGCAAAGAGACACGGCAACAGUACAACGUGGGAUCAUCCGGCAUGUCUACCUCGUGAUCGACCUCUCGCGGGCUAUGACCGAGCUGGAUCUCAAACCCUCGCGAUUGGAAUGUACCAUGAACCUGGCCACCCAGUUUGUGGGCGAAUACUUUGAUCAGAACCCGUUGAGUCAGCUGGGGGUUAUUUUGACGCGGGAUGCGUUGGCGGAGAAGGUUACGGAGUUGUCAGGCAACCCAACGGACCACAUAGAGGCUAUCAAGGUCCCAGCAAACAGGGUCCCAAAAGGCGAACCAUCCCUGCAAAACGCGUUAGAGCUUGCCCGGACUUCCCUCGCUCACGUCCCUUCCCACGCAUCUCGCGAAAUUAUCAUUCUAUACGCCUCGCUCACGUCCUGCGACCCGGACAACAUUCAGGAGACCAUCGCUUCCUUGAAGCGGGACGAGAUCAGAGUUUCCAUCGUUGGACUGUCAGCCGAGCUGCAAGUGUGCAAGAUUAUUUGCAAGGAGACGAAAGGAACGUACAAUGUCAUUUUAAACGAAGCGCAUUACAAAGACGUCUUGUUCGAGCAUAUACCCCCGCCGCCCAUUGCCGUAGAGCAAAACACGUCGAGUCUGAUCCAGAUGGGGUUCCCGGUCACCAAAUCAUACGAAACACUGACGCUCUGCGCUUGCCAUCACCGCCCCGUCCGAAAAGGCUACGAAUGCCCGCGCUGCGCCUCUCUAAUCUGCGACAUUCCCACCGAUUGUCCCAUCUGCGACCUCACCCUCGUCUCCAGCCCUCUACUCGCACGGUCCUACCACCACCUCUUCCCCGUCGAAAACUACAAGGAGCUACCGUGGUCGGCAAAACUCGGCCCUGACACGGCGACGGCGAGGAACGAUCAUUGUGCGGCGUGUUUGCUGCCGUUUCCUGCGCCGCCGCAGUUUUCGGGGCCGGAGAGGCGGAGUUCGGAGAUACCAACGCGACAGGGUGAUGGGGCGGCGAGCGGGGAGGCUAAUAGUGGAAGGUUCGAGUGCGGCAAGUGUAAGGGGGUGUUUUGUUGGGAUUGCGAUGUCUAUGUGCAUGAUGUGCUGCAUAACUGUCCUGGGUGUGUCAAUCGAUGA